CAGCCUGGAGGCCCCGCCUGCUCCCCGCGGGGUCGGGCGGAGGCGGAGCCUGGCGGGGCAGUGGGGUCGCGCGCGCGGGGCGACUUUGGUUCCACUUUGUGAUGUCUUCCCCUGAAAUUGCUUCCCUUUCUUGGGGUCAGAUGAAGGUGAAAGGCUGCUCUACAACAUAUAAGGACUGCAAAGUAUGGCCAGGAGGAAGCCGGACGUGGGAUUGGCGAGAAACUGGGACUAAUCAUUCUCCAGGAGUGCAGCCAGCUGACCUUGAAGAAGUCGUCAAGAAGGGUGUUAAAACUGUGGUGAUUGGUCGUGGCAUGAGUGAGGCUUUGCAGGUUCCAGCAUCCACUGUGGACUAUCUGAAGAAGAACGGGAUUGACGUGCUGGUGCUGCAAACGGAGAAGGCUGUGGCGGAGUACAAUGCCCUGGCUGCUCAGGGUGUCAGAGUGGGCGGGGUCUUCCAUUCCACCUGCUGAAGCGCAGCUCAUUCCGCCUUCCCGGCCCGCGGCCAAAUCACGGACACACCUCUGCUGGAUCAAAUUGCACUCAGCCACUCAGCGGAGCGUGAACUUACGUGCCAAGGCAUUUGUGCACUGACCAUCGAAAAUGCAAAGACAAUUUAUUAGUUCAGGAUUUAAACAGAUCGAGGGCUCACAAAAGGCGGGGCUGUUAAUGUAAUUAAAUAGUUUAAUUACACAAUAAUUUCCAUGUAUUGUUGAGAUUGACCUAAUUUUCCUCUGAAGGCUGUCCACAGUCUUGCUACUUAACUUUUCACCUGUUCACUAAAUCAGGAAAUUAUGUUUUGAAUACUUUUAUUACAUUACUGGCUACUGGAAUGCAGCCAUAAACUAGCUGAUGAGCACAGUCAAGUGGUAGAUAUGAAGCGGUGGUAAAGAAGCACUUUACCACCACUGGAUAAAUAAGUUAAAAAUAAAAUAAAUUAAAAAGCAAACCCAGAACAUAGAACUUUACCCCCUGCAGGUGACCUCAGUCAGGGUAUUUGCCAAUUUAUGAACAUCACAUAAUAGAGCACUUAUAAAUUUUUACUGAGCCUGAAAAAGGGGAAAGAUGUCAGCAGGGUAUAAGCAUGAAACCUGGGCCUUAAAGAAUUUUCUUAUUAAUUGCCAGUUCUGAGUAUUGAGCUGUCUAAUACAUAUCUAUUCAGAAGUUCUUACACACUUAAAAUAAUCAAAAAUGUGUGUUACAAAACUAGAAUUUGCAGCAUAAAACAUUGAUAUUUAGGAAAUCAGUCUGAAUUGUGCUAGCAAUGUACUGCUGGCAAGCUGGGGAUGCAUGUGAGACUUGUUACUGGUCAUCCUUAUCUGAUGAUUUAAACGUUGUGCCAACAAACAUUAUUGCACUGAAGAUUCAAACAGUUCUCUUGGUUGCUGUUUUUGGUGGGCUUUAUCAAUAUUGCCAGUUACAAAUCUACCUCCUGUAGAUGUUUUUUCCCACCAGGCUCACCAUUUCUUGUUCUGUACAUAAUAAUUCUGUGUGUAUUAAUGAAAGUACCAAGACAAAGCUGUAAAAGCCCUGAGGCAUUUGGAGCUAUCCAAGCAGUAGUAGAGAGGCUUAGAUUGAUAGGAGAGCACAAUAACUUUCCUAAGAUGCACAAAAUACUAUGUUCUUUUUCUGCUAUUUGCUCUAGUAAUCAUUUAGAACCUUUUAUCUGAUAAAAUAUAAAGUGAUGUAAAAGCAAAGGGAAAGUGAGUACUUGAAACUUUCAUCUUGCAGUCUUCUAAUGACAGCAGUGUUUUCUGUUAGUGUAUCUACAUUUGAGGCAAAAUCUUACAUAACCCAGCAAGAACUGCCUUUCCAGCUGCAUCUGUGUUGUCUGACACAGCAGCUGGUAUAAUGCUCAUUGUAGCUGUUGUGACAUUUUUCUGCACAACUUGCCUGGUGUGAAGAAGGUGAACUACUGACUCAGAAGACUGUGGUCACCCCAAGGGAAUGCCAGCAGAAUGAGUUCUUACCAGCCCACAGAGUGUGGAGACUUUCUGCACUAAAUGUUAUCUGAUAGUGAAGGUGGUUUGACUCUCUUGAUCGUGGUCAUGUAUUUGUGUUAUUUUAUGACACAAAUACAUGACCACGAUCUGGGCCUUAAGGCAGCCUCAAAUGGGAAAAGGCUUUGUAAUGCUUUGGCUGAGAAAACACUGCAGUACUUAAAAAAAUGGAACUACGCGCAUUACACUGUUAGGAGAAGUUGACCUAACACCUUAUCUUUCUCCUCCAGGUCUGUUUUUCACUUUUUUUUUUUUUUUUGUAACAUAUUUUCAUGUAAUGUGGCACAUUAUUGGUGAUGCCACAUUCACCAAAGCUGCCUAGCUCAGGUCCUGCAUUUGAGACAAAUACUGUGGGCUCCUCACCCUGCUGCUGCCACACGAUCUGUCCUCCCAAAAGGCACGCAGGGAGCAGAGCCCAUUUUACAUUGCCAGCUGACUGAGGUGUACCCUACCCAGCUUUGUGCUGCAGCCUUUUAAUUCUUCCCUUCAUUUGGCAACUGGUAGGAUGCAGAAGAUUCCACUUCCAAAACAGGGAGCUGCAGUGUGCAAAGAAAUUGAUUUAUUUUUUUAAAGGUAAACUGCUAAGUUUCCCCACCACCAGAACAAAAUUUUGGUGUCAACAAGGAGAUUAUUUGCUGCAAGUUUUUCCAUCCAUAUCUUCUCUUGCUGCUCUCGUCACAGCUUCCUGAGUCAGCACUGUCAGUUCCCACAAUAGCAUCUGUUCCACUUGGGCUGCUCCAGUCACUGAAAGCCCGAUUUCCUUCUUGGUGACUGAAAUUGCUUUGCUAGAUGGUGGAAGCAGCUGGGAUUGAUUCAUCAAAAAAUUCCAGCAGAGCACAAACUGGUAUCUUUGUUAGAUUGCUGCUUUCAGCUAGAGCCAUAAAUAAUUUGUUAAAAUUAUGGGCUCAUAGCCCAAAUCAUGGAAUGCACUUUUAUAGAGCAGGAUUUCUCACAUACACCACUGCUCUGCCUCCCACCAGGAAAACGAUCUCCCAGUAGGCAGUGAACUCCCACCCUGCCACUGAAAUUAAAGCCGAGCUGCGGCUGGGCUGGGAGCCAGGAAGAUUCCACCCCAGCUGCUCUGCCGCCGAGUGGGUCAGUCCCCAGCCUUUAUCUUUGUGAAGCAGCAUGUGUGAGCUGGCAGCCCGCAGAAACAGGCCAUAAAAGGCUCACAGACACCAAAUGCAACACGACCAGCAUUUUUAAGGUACAUUGGGUAGCGUUUGUGCAAAGCCUGGCAUCCACAAGCCUUAAAACUUUAUAUUUUGAAGUCCCACUGAUACUGCAUUAGCAAACUGUAAAAUAAAAAGACAGCCUUUUCUGCAUCCCCAAUGCCUGUUACUAAGAAUAAAAUGGAAGAUGCCAGUGAAAUAAGAUGAAAAAAGUGAUUAUAAAUUUGACAGGAUUCCAGAGGAAAUAAUCUCUGUGGACUUGAACCCAAGAUGAUGACCAGUACAGCAUGGUGGAAAGUGCAGGUCUGAUGAGAAGCAGCUGAGGGAGCUGGAAGUAUUCAGCCCAAAGGAGGCUCAGGAGGGACCUUAUCGCUCUCAACAACUGCCUGAGAGGAGACUGUUGCCAGUGGGGUGUCAGUAACAAGUGACAGGACAAGAAGAAACAGCCUUAAGUUGCACCAGAGGAGGUUUAAAUUGGAUAUUAGGAAAAAAUAUCUUUCCCAAAAGUGUUGCCAGGCUUUGGAACAGGCUACCCAGGCAAGUGGUGGAGUCAUCAUCCCUGGCAGUGUUCAAAAGGUGUGUGGAUGUGGCACCUGGGGCCACGGCUUAGUGUGGGUGUGGUAGUGCUGGUUGGACUCCAUAGUCUUAGAGGUUUUUUCCAACCUAAAUGAUUCAGUGAUGUCAUACAGUCCUCAUUUAAAUGCAUACCGUGUUUAUUCAUCUUCCCAGGAAUUUGUUUUGUACUUUUUGCAGUGAGUGUCCCUGCCCAUUUACUUUUUUUUGUCCUUUUUAAAAUAAGAUAGGUGAAAGCCACACCAGGUGUGAAUUAAUGUCUCAUACGCUUCAACUUUGUUCCCAAUAUACUUAUUGUUUUAUGAGCUCUUGACUCACUCAGUAAUUGAAUUAUUUACUUGCAAAUUUGUGUAACGAAUUUCACUGGACUUCAGCAAUCUGGAUAUGAAUGUCCCACUGAAAGCAUUCAAAGCUGGGUUUCCUACAUAAACAGAUGCCUUAUUUAAAUUAAAUUCAUAAAGUUAAUGGUAAAUAGGACAACACAUUUUCAAACCACUAAGCUACCCCUCUUUCACGAGGUCAGCAUUCUCCUUGCUCUGCCAGAUUCUUUUCACUCUUGCUUCCAUCUAACUAGCAGGUACAACACAGAGGUGAGGAGUGUUUGAACAUCGUUGGUUCUUAGCAAAUUAUUUGCCCUUCCUUUGUAGAUUGCUUAAUCUCCCUGUGGGUGCAGCUGUACUGGCACACUGUUCCUAGACUUGGAACCAUCUGAGAGAACAGAAACUCCCCAUACUUGGGUGACUGUCAUCUGAAGUCCUCUGUUCCCCCUUCAACAGAGAUGAAAAAUGCAAAUUAUCUUUGUGCAUGACUAGAGCCCUUUGUUUUUCUUUUCAUUCGGAGAUCAAUCAUCUUAUAGGCAAUUGCAGUGCAGAAGCCCAACAAUUAUCCAGAAUUAAAGACAACGGGUGAAUGGCCUGAGUGCUUCUGAGACAACACAGAGCAUGAACUCUGGUAUUUUUGAGAGCAGAAAAACCUUCAUGUCUCAAACCUGGGGAUGGGUACAAAAAGUGAACAUCUGUAUUCCAACAACUACAAUAACCCUUGCUUUUUAUACACAUUUCUUUUCCAAUUCCCCAUAUGUUGCACCAUGGUGUGAAAUGGGCAGUCCUAUACACAUAUACAGGCUGGGUGAAAAAUGGAUUGAGAGCAGCUCUGAGGGGCAACACUGUGGGGGUAUUGGUGGGUAGGCAGCUCAAAGGACUCAUCUGCCUUUCUGGGCUGCACGUGGGCAGCAGGCCAAGGGAGAACACUCUCCCCCCUCUGCUCCACCCUGGUGAGACCCCACCUGUAGUGCUGCAUCCAGCUCUGGGGCUCCCAACAUAAGGAUGUCAACAUGAGGAGUGAGUCCAGUGGAGACCAUGAAAAUCCUGAAAGGGCUGGAGCACCUCUGCUGUGGAAACAGGCUGAGAGAGUUGGGGUUGUUCAGCCCAGAGAAGAGACAGCUCUGGGGAAACUUGAGACUCCUUCCAGUACCUGAAGGGGCUACAAGAGAGCUGGAGGGGGACUUUUGACAAGGGCAUGAAGUGAUAGGACAAGGCAGGGGGGGCUUUAACCUGAAGGAGAGAAGGCUUAGAUUGGAUGAUGAAUUAGUCAUCUGCUUGCAGAGGUGAAACUGAAGGAGGAAAGGAAAAGCUGUGAUUUUUUUUUCCACGAUCCAAACCAGGAAUCAGAGAAAAAUCUACAGAAGAGAAGCCAACUGCAGAAUGCUCUCAUUAGCAGACUGGAAAUGUUCAUAGCAGCCUUAUAUUUUCAGCUUGUUUUAGGCAUCUUGAAAUUACAGAUGGAAGAACUUUUCCACAGCCCUGCAGUAUCUGAUUCUCAGCAGCAACACAGAAGGCACUCACUCUUUGCCUGGUAUGUUAUAUGGAAGGGGAUCAAGGACAGCAUGAGGAGAACAAAAUAGUAGAAAUUUGAUCCAGUACUUAGCAAAAGAGAGAAAGAUGCCUAAAUUUUGAUAUGGAAAAUAUCUGCUGUGCCUACCACAGCAUCCAUUGUGGUCUGGAGCCUAUGGACACCAUCUAAAUUAGAAACACUACUGAGAUGACAAACUGCAGAAAAUACUGGUGAAGUGCAAAAAUGAGGGGAAGAAAAAGGAAAAAGUCUGUAAUGAGCUCACUCAACUUGUCAAAUAUGUGCCCAGACACAGCCUCCUAAUGAGAGAUACAUCAACCCUGUCUGCUGGGAACUGAACUGAGGAUGCCAAAGACAAGUCAGACAAUAACAACUCAGCUGUCAGAUGGGCAGGCAAUUUUCAAAGCAGUGCCCUAAAGGUGAAACACCAAAAAACAGUUUGUAAGAGCGGAAGCCCUAAGAAAGUAAACUUAAUUCAAGGACACCUAAAGCAGCAGCAAGUUCUGUAGUUAUGAGCCUUUGGGCUACAACUCACCAGUGCUAAAAAAUAUAAAUCACAAAAAACAUGCAGUGAUCUUACUAGCCAAGAACCAUGCAGGCAUCCAUGUUCACUCAUGUUAUAAAAAAAGAAACAGAAUAACAGGAGUUUUCCAAUUUUAUUGUAGGAAAGCAUGUAAGAGGUUAUUUACACUAAAUACAACUGGAAAGUAUUUCUUCACUGUUUUGUUUACUUGCUAAAAAUACACCUCUUUUUUUCAACUGAUUCAUGAACACAGGCAACAUUUGGCUGCUGCACUAGAAUGUUUCACACAUCAGGUCCUCCUAAAAAAUCCUACCAAAUGACUGCUACAAAUCAUAGGAGGCUACUCAGUCCACUAAGCCUGGCACACAGAAGCAAUGCACAGACACACUUCCUGACAGGAAUGCCAGAUGGAUAAUGUUUUAACUAAAUUCUUGUCCCUCUGUACUCCCAGCUCACCUCCAGUGGGGAACACUGACAAGCUGCCCAACUGCUGCUGAACAGAGGGUGUUUGGCUACUUCAACUGACAAGAAAGACUUUGAGUGCCAAAAGUGCUGCCAAAUUCAAAAUCAUAGAUUUUCACAUCCCACUAAGACUGGUUCAGGCCAGGAUCAUCACACAGAAACAGAUCCUGUAAACUUGGUGGAUUGUGGUUAGGAAUUUCCCAACUGGCAGUUAAUCACAUUGCUCCUCAAGCUGUACAAAGGUGCAACAGGAGACAAACUGCUUUGUUGCUGUAGCUCAGUAACUCCACGUCCUGCUGACUGAAUUUCUGCCACCUGCACCAAGAGGUUCCUCCUGCCCCUGCACCAUGAACAACCUGUGCCUGCCCCAGAGCUGGAAUAGCCUCAGUACAGCUGUAAAGGAUGCAGAACAGCAAUUGGCAAUUUCCUUCCUAGGUUCUCUUCUCACACAAGAACAACAGUACUUUUUAGAAUAUUAUUUUUCGAUUAAGCAAUUAGGUACCAGUGCACAAAUGCAAGUUUUAGACAUUGAAAAAAAAAAAAAAAAAAAAAAGGAAAA